AUGGCGACCAACGUCCUCUCUUACGACCAACGCAAGGACUCCACGUCCAAGUACGACGAUGACAUCGACGUCAAGGUCGCCGAGGCCGGAGGCGACGACCCCCGCGUCGACUACUCCGGCUUCGCCCAGAAGACGGACCCCGUCGAAAUCAAGCUAGUCCGCAAGCUGGACCUGUUCAUCAUGUACCAGACUGCCGUCUCUAUUCUCUUCGCCGGUUAUGUCAUCUUCGGUGUCCCCUCCAACAUGCUCAUCACUCGUGUCAAGCCUUCGCUCUACCUCUGUCUCGUUAUGCUCACCUGGUCGGUUCUCUCGAUUUGCACGUCUUUCACCAAGAACUUCGGCCAGCUCUGCGCAGUCCGCUUCCUCCUCGGCUGCACUGAAGCCCCCUACUACCCCGGUGCUCUUUUCCUUAUCUCGAAUUUCUACACGCGUACCGAGGUCGCCACCCGUAUUGCUAUUCUCUAUACUGGCAACGUUCUCGCCACCGCCUUUGCCGGCCUCAUCGCCGCCGGUGUGUUCCACAUGGACGGCAUGCUUGGCUACGCUGGCUGGCAGUGGCUCUUCAUCAUUGCUCCGUCACCGGCCUCGUCGCCAUUUUGCGCCUACCCCUUCCUCCCCGACUCGCCCCUGACCACCCGCUGGCUCACCCCCGAGGAGCGUCAGCUCGCCCAUGACCGCCUGCAGCGCGACAACGUCGACCGUGUCGAGGCUGGCUCCACCUGGCAGGGUCUCAAGCAGGCGGUCGUCGACCCUCGUGUCUGGAUCUUCGCUCUCAUGUUCAACAUGCACCUUUCUGCCAACGGCUUCAAGAACUUCUUCCCCUCCAAGACUGUUGCCAUUAUCGGUUUCGCGCUCGCGCCGGCCACGCUCAACACGGGCGUGCGCUACUUUGCAAUGAUGGUGUUCACGCUCGGCACUUACGGCGUCAACUCCCUCAUCCUCGGUUGGGCGAGCACAGUUUGUUCCCAGACACCCGAGAAGAAGGCCGUCGUCAUCGCCAUGCUCACGACGGCCGGCAAUGCUUCCUUCAUCUACACACCUUAUCUCUUCCGCGAGCAGGAUAAGCCUCGUUACACCCUCGCGAUGGUCGCCAUGGCCGCUUUCUCCCUCGGCACUCUUCUCUGUGGCUGGGUCAUGCGCAUCAUCCUCAAGCGCCAGAACAGGACCCUCGCAGAGACGGGAGCGCCCACCAAGUACCCCUACUAA